UCUCUGAAGUCUCUCCCCGAUCGUGUAGCGAUGUGCGUAGAAAGGUCCGCCUGCACCUGCUGACGGUGCUUGCUUCUCUGGGCCUGCUCAGCUUUGCCGAGGACGUUGGGCCAGAGUCCGAGAUUCAGGAGGAGGAGGAGGACGAGGAGGAGGAGGAGGAGGAGGAGUACGAGGAGAAGGAGGAGGAGAAGGAGGAGGAGGAGAACGCCGCGCUGCGGAGGCACGCGGCCCCGCGCACACGGCAGGCUCACGCAGCGACGACGUCGGCGUGGACUUCUGGCAACGCCGUGGACCGCUCAGCCUUGAAAGAUCGCGACUUCUCCAUGGCGCAAAGCGUUCGAUGCCGGCCCGUUCCAGGCCGACAGCAGCUUUCAGCGCUGAACGCCCCAACGCGUAGACCGUUCAGCCUUGAAGGAUCGCGGCUUGUCGAUGGCGCAGCGUUCGAUGCCAGCCAGGUCCGGGCCGCCAGCAGCUUCCAAUGCCGAACGCCCGCACUGGCGUCGCCUCGCCGCGCCGACGCGGCGCGCCAGCCUGCCGUGCUGGAGCGGCGUGGCGGGCUUCUACAGUUCGGGAGGCGACGGGUUUGGCGGCCACCGCGGCUCGCCUCGGUACAGAAUGAGCGCCUCAAGCUCUGGCCAUGAAGGCCGAUGUCAGGAUCAAUGCUCCUCGGACUUACGUCGUGGAGUGAGAACUCUCUACGCCCUGACACCGUAGCAUGCCACACAACUCGCAUCAGCAAAGACUCGCCCUGCAUCAGGCCAUCCUUGACGAAGUGAAGUAUCACACUGCAGCGGUGCAUCGCAGAGACAUGUCUGCUCGAUGCGAAUUGGGUGCCAGCGCCGAAGAGAAUGCUGUCUGCUGCUCGAGACUGCUUUUUAAAAGCAGGCAUCCACACCAGAAAGGACACUGACUGCUGGUUUAGCUGUUGUGCCGCAUGCAUUUUGUUUGGGAAGUAUUGGGUGCAUGCUAUCAGCAUGUUCUCUAGUGGGCAAGGUUUCUGAACGGGCCGUUGGGGUUGCGCGGAGUGUGAAUAAUUUUGACUGCGGCUUGAUGUACGGCGAAAGACGAAUAACACAUGCCUAUGAUACGCAAGGGCUGCACACGAGCAACAACGAAAACACGUUCGCAAUCUCCAGCAAGCUCGUGCGACCGGGCUUGCCGUGUCUCGACCCAUGCAGUUGAUGCCAAUCAUGAUGCUGGCUGACAGAUUGUGCUUGAUGACGACGAAGAGGCGGACGCCUUGCAGCUGCAAGUGCCAGGGCCGUUCCAAUCACCCACUUCAAGACCUUCUCCUGUCUGGCAUGCAGCCUGGCAGCUGGCCUGAUCCGUUGGGCCCGUGGCGCCGUUCUUGCUGUAGUCGGCGCAGAUGGGCUUCGAAACCUCAUCAUCGCCACAGCCAGUCAGCACGGAAAUCAUGACAGCAGUCAUUGCGGCCAGAAUGACGUAGAGGAACUUUGCCGCCGACAUGGCUGGCGGGUGUCAAGAGCCUCGAGGACGGCAAGAGCAAAGCCUUGGGUCAAGGCACGCUCAACCUAAAUUGGCUCGAGCC